AUCCAAAUAUGUAACUUGCAUGCAAAGUAAUAAUCUCAAUAACCCCCUGCAAAACCCCUCCAACACUUUUAAAACAGCCCCUCUCAAGUUCUCACACCAUAUGCUACAUUGAAAUGGAUAGCUUGAUCAAGCAAACAAGGAGAAGGCAUCCAGCUGCCCGGGUAAAAACAGAUGAGGUUGGUAGCCCCACUAGAGAGAAAAAAGUGUCACCAAGGAAGUCUGUUUCCUUCGAAGAAGAUAAGAAGAAGCCCUCAAACUGGUUAGAGAAGCAGUUCUCGAGGCAAAUGAGCGACCAAAGUUAUGACUCGAUCAGUGACAUGGACUAUGCAGCAGCAGUUGCGGCCACUGCUUAUGCUGUAACCACUUUUGAAGAAACUUGGCUAGAGAGAUAUCACAGCGGCCGAGAAGAUGCGUUUCCUAUAGAGGAACCGAGAAGCUUAUCAAGAAGAUUCUCAGGACAACUUUCAUUUAGAGAGCCAGAGCUAAAUGAUAACAAACUUCCCACGCCAAAAUCUCCAGUGAGAAAGUCAUCGUCGGUAAAAAAGACUCCUACGUUCUCCAUGGACUUGAAAGGAGAUCACACCAGGCAAAGUGAAGAUUCAGGGGAGACACAUGAAAAACUAAAGAAACCUGCUUCGGUUGUAUCUGAACCGCCAGCUCCAAUGCAGAUACAAACACCGGUUAGGACACGUUCAGAACGUCGUGCUCCACCACCACCACCUCCUCCUCCUCAUCUAACACCUUCGCCUCUGCGGCUUCCACCUAGAGAAACUAAAAGGCCAAGUUCUGGUGGUACUACUCGAGAACAUGAUUCAACAGCUGAUGCUUGGGAAAAAGCUGAACUAGCUAAGAUCAAAGCAAGGUACGAGAAGUUAAACAGAAAGAUCGAUUUAUGGGAAGCGAAGAAGAGGGACAAAGCUCGAAGGAAUCUGGACAAAUCUGAGCAGAGCCAACAAGAACAGAGGAGAAAGAGAGGAUUGCAGAGGUUUAGAGAAGACAUGGAAUACAUCGAACAUAUUUCUUCCGGAGCUAGAGCUCAGGCUGAGAAACAAAGACAGAACGAAGAGUUGAAAGUGAAGGAGAGAGCCGGUAUUGUACGUAAAACCGGUAAAAUUCCUGGAAAAGCAUGUUCUUGUUUCUGAGACUGAAACAAAGGAUCUCAGAUACUUGUAGCUGUAUAUAUUAAUGUGUAUGUGUGCGAGAUAGAGAGAGAGAGAAAUGAUAUGGGUUAUAUAGUUUCUCAAAAGAGAUUAUGCGCCAUGUAACUAAAGAAAUGCAACAUCAUUCCUUGCAAAA